AUGUAUGAACUAAUCGAGCCAAUCAUUCGCGAUCAUGAAUUUCCGAAGACAGCUUGGGGUCGAGCCAUAGCAGCUUUUGUAUACCAUUCGAAGAAAGACUUGGAAGAUAGUCAGCUUACCGACGUGAAGCUUCUUGGAACUCGUGAUGAGUUACUUCGAAUUCUGAAGCGUGGAAGUUCCGCAUGCCAUGGAGAGCGUGUAUAUGAUAAGGACUUCUACAAAGAUGCGUUAGACAAAUCCUUGCGAUUUUUCUCUUGUCAUGAGUACAAAGAAAGACUCGUAUCUUUUGGGCAUCUGAGCAAUCGCUAUUCCUUCGUUAUCAACUCCUUCAUUGCUGCAAAGGAUUGCAUGCGCGAUCAUGAUCGACUCGUUGAACUAGCUACUUUUUGCGGCCACAUCUCUGCUCAAAUACCUGCCCUCGCAGAUGAAUGGAUUGCGGCCGUCAAAGCCCUUUGUUGCAUAAGUACAAAUGAGCCUUUAGGUUACGGUAAACUCCUGGAGUGCAUAAAUGUUAAUGAUAGUUCAACACAUUAUCCCAUCGCUACUUUUGUCAUGCUGUUAGCGGCCAAAUAUGCUUUCAGCGCCUCUGAACUGAUAACUGAGCUUUUGAACAGCGCGUUCCCGGUGAUCAAAGAGGGGCAGAGCUUAGCCAUCGACGAAUCUGUUGCUCACAACAGAAGCGAAUAUGAACCGCGAUUGUGUUUAACGCUUAUUAUACUUGCUCAGAUUGUCUGUGGAACUGAUGAACCUUUCUGCAUGUUGGAGGACAACGUGGGUGCUGCCCCGAAGCUGAAGCUUCUGACAAAUUGUGCGGAUGAAAUAAUGUUAUCCAUGAUGCACUGGUAUGUAUAGGU